UCCGUCGGUGGCAUGGACCUUCUCCUAUCCGCCCACCCAAGAUGAUCCUCUAAUCCCUGUGAAACAGGCACAAAAUAGGUAUCUCGUGCGCCUCCCGGACAUCUGCUAGCGGGUGGUGUGCGAUGAAUCCCGUCUUGCCGUUGCUGAGGAGGGCGUCGUCUAGACAGCCCCAGAUCCUCGGACGAGCAGUCCCGCGGCGGUCCAUCUCCACGCUGCCAGCCACUGUCGCCGGCCUCCUCGAAUUCAAGCCCGACCAACCGGUCCCGGACGUCAAGAUCGACGGCUUCGUUCGGUCUGUCCGCGCACAGAAGCGACUCCAUUUCGUAGCCCUCGGGGAUGGCUCCUCUCUCGAGCCGCUCCAGGCCGUCGUGCCCCCCGAUCAGGCUGAAGGGCUGACCACGGGAGCGGCUGUCCGACUGCACGGGUCCUGGAUCCCCUCUCCAGGCCGUGGACAGAGCCACGAGCUACAGGUCGAACGGGCUAUAGUCUUGGGCCCCUCGGACGCCGAAACAUUCCCGAUACAGAAGAAAUACCAGACCCCGGAAUUCCUGAGGACUCUGCCCCAUCUGCGCCCAAGGAUACCCCUGAAUGCCACCGUCUUACGAUUUCGCUCUGAGGUCAUCGCGUCUCUGACACGGUUCUUCGCUGGUCGCCAUUUCGUGCAGACCCACACGCCCAUCUUCACUUCGUCAGACUGUGAGGGUACGGGAGAAGUCUUCCACGUAUCCACCGAUCGAGCAGCCCUGCCAUCCCCUGCCACGUCUAAGACACAGAAGUCUUUCUUCCGUCGUCCCGUCUACACGACUGUGUCAGCUCAGCUGCAUCUGGAGGCUCUAGCGCAGGCCCUCGGCAAUGUCUGGACGUUGUCCCCAACCUUCCGCGCCGAGCAAAGUGACACCCCACGUCACCUCAGCGAAUUUUACAUGUUAGAGGCAGAGAUGUGCUUCGUCGACGGCUUAGACCCGGUGCUAGAUCUCGUGGAAGACAUGCUGAGGCAUGUCUGCACCGAGUUGGCUGAGUCGAGAGUCAGGAGAGAGCUGGCAGCUCGAGCAGGCGAGCGCACCGCAGAUUUGGCCCCGGCCGAGCAGGUGGCCCAACGUUGGGAGGGCAUCCUGCAGACGUCCUGGCCGCGCAUCACAUACACUGAAGCCAUCGAGGUACUAAGACUCUCCGACACGCCCUUUUCCCACUCCCCUAUUUGGGGCGAGGACCUGCACACGGAACACGAAAAGUAUAUUGCGACGAAAGUGGGCAAUGGGAACAGUCCCGUGUUCGUCACCGACUAUCCGCGAGACAUCAAAGCCUUCUACAUGAGAGCAAGUGCGGAGGGCUCCGACGGGUCAGGGCCUCCUGUUACGACAGUGGCUUGCUUCGACCUCCUCGUGCCAGACUUCUGCGAAAUUGCUGGCGGGUCUAUGCGCGAGCAUCGGCUCGAGAAGCUCCUAGACGCCAUGCGCGCACGCGGGAUAGACACGGGAAAGUCAUCGCCAGAUACCGCCCCCGACCCCUCUCAAGCAGCCGAGAACAAUCUCGACUGGUAUGUCGACCUGCGGCGCUGGGGCUGUCCUCCCCACGGCGGCUUCGGCCUGGGCUUCGAUCGGCUGAUAUGCUAUCUCGCCGGAGUCCCAACAGUCCAUGACACAGCCGCAUUUCCCCGCUGGUACGGCCGAUGUGAUUGUUAAACAAUACACCAAGUUGGCGGCCAUGUUGUGCUCGUUAAUGCUUGCUCUUCUGGGAUGUUGAGAGUGUCUCGUGCAACGCUCGUACAAAAAUGCAUUGCUAGCUCCAACCUGACUGCCAAACAAGCUUUUGUGGCGGCUGCUGUACACUUGUCCAGACCUCGCAGAGACCAGAACAGAAGCCUGCGUCCGAUUUUGACAGGUUCCGAACCCCAAAUCUUGCCUCCGUGACUCCUUCAGGCGUGGCUUUCCCUCUACCAGUACGGCGCUAGGGUUCGUCGGAGAAGGGGGCCCGUCGGCUGGCUGGCCGGCUCCCGCCGGGCCCAAGCUAACGACAGGCUGCGAGAGCGAGAAGACCUCCAAAUGCCAAGGCGCCUUGUGACGGAGAGCAGGCUCUGGAGAACGACAGGUUCUCGGCAGCU